UGUUGUUCCUCCUCCACACAAUGCAUGGGUCUACAGACUAUGGCCCCUUAUCCAUUUGGCUGUGUUGAAGCAAAAUAUCUAAGUCUAAUUAAUGUGCAUAAUAUUCUUCUUUGUUAGCGUGAAGAAAGAGACUACCAGUUAUCGAGUGACAGCUCUCACUGUUGGCCACUGUUGCUGUAGCAAAAGGGUACCUUCAUCUCAUCAUGAAUUCACUAACAGAAGCAGAUCACCCAGGAUUUUUAUUCUAUCAUCUUGCCAUGGUAGAACACCAGAUCCCAAAGAAAAGAAAGAUGAUCAUAAGAUGGGAGAAGGAAAGCUGAGCUUGUUGAAAUGGAAAAUGUUAAACGACAUUGAGAAGGUAGGGAAGAGGGUGAAGCAGAAUUUGAGUCCACAGCAAAAGCAAAAGGGUGAUUGGAAAGACUUGUUGCUGAUGAGUAUAUCGUUUGCAGUUUAUGUGUACAUAUCCCAGAUGCUAGUUUGUGCCUAUUUUGCUUGGACCUCUAUGCCCAAACCCAUCUGGUAGCUAAGCUAGUUAAUUACUUGUCAUCUUCACUUGCCUUUCAUUUGUAGAAAAAGAUCAUCAUUAUGAUUAUAAGAGAAGAAUAAGAUGUGUGUAUUGGUCAUGUAUACUAUACACGAGUGACAGUAAUAUGUAUUCGUCAAUGGUAAUAGAUGAUGGCUGUUUUAUUAUUUUUACUUUGGUUAUGA